UUCCCCAAAAGCGCUCAUUCACAGACAGAAGAACACAACCGCACCAGCUGCGCCGUCAGAUGCCUCUCGCACGACGCGCCUUACUACAGCCUACUGACGCGACCGUGGUCCUAUAAACAAAUGUAUUAGGACACUACUGCUAAAAACGUUUUUGACAGCGCCUUAGCAUUUUAUGGUGGUGUUUGUUGGAUUCAUGUUAUUGCAAGAGGAUCGCCUCUGCUGAAAUCCAGACGAAACUAGCUUGAGGAGAAACACGCCUUCUUCACGGCACCGAAGUCACCUACCCACGAGUGGUCAACCCCGACAACCCCGUGGCUCUUCCCGGAGCGGCAUGUGGGAGGGUUAAUGCGAGCAGGAUUGAAAUCCUACUUUCCCCCAAAAGAGGAUUCAAUGAAAAUGUCUGUCUGCGUGCAUGAGAACCGCAAAUCGCGGGCUAGUACGGGCUCCAUGAACAUCUACCUUUUCCACAAGUCAUCGUACGCUGACAGCGUGCUCAUGCACCUCAACGCGCUCCGACAGCAGCGCCUCUUCACGGAUGUGCUUCUCCACGCGGGAAGCCGCUCGUUCCCGUGCCACCGCGCCGUGCUGGCCGCGUGCAGCCGUUACUUCGAGGCUAUGUUCAGCGGAGGAUUGAUGGAGAGCCAAGCCAGCGAGGUGGACUUUCGAGACUCCAUCCACCCUGAGGUGCUGGAGCUACUGUUGGAUUACGCCUACUCAUCCCGCGUGGUCAUCAACGAGGAGAACGCGGAGUCUCUGCUGGAGGCCGGAGACAUGCUCGAGUUCCAGGACAUCCGUGACGCCUGCGCCGAGUUCCUGGAGAAGAACCUGCACCCAACCAACUGCCUGGGCAUGCUGCUGCUGUCUGACGCCCACCAGUGCACCCAGCUCUCCCAGCCUUCCUGGAGCAUGUGCCUCAGCAACUUCCCCGCCAUCAGCAAGACGGAGGAGUUCCUGCAGCUGCCCAAAGACAUGCUGGUUCAGCUGCUCUCCCACGAGGAGUUGGAGACCGAGGACGAGAGGCUCGUCUACGAGUCCGCCCUCAACUGGGUCAACUACGACCUGGAGCACCGCCACUGCCACCUGCCCGAGCUGCUGCGCACCGUCAGGCUGGCGCUGCUGCCCGCCAUCUUCCUGAUGGAGAACGUGUCCACGGAGGAGCUGAUCAACGCCCAGGCCAAGAGCAAGGAGCUGGUGGACGAGGCCAUCCGUUGCAAGCUGCGCAUCCUGCAGAACGACGGCGUGGUGAACAGCCCCUGCGCCCGGCCCCGCAAGACCAGCCACGCGCUCUUCCUGCUGGGCGGGCCCACCUUCAUGUGCGACAAGCUCUACCUGGUGGACCAGAAGGCCAAGGAGAUCAUCCCCAAGGCCGACAUCCCCAGCCCCCGCAAGGAGUUCAGCGCCUGCGCCAUCGGGUGUAAGGUGUACGUGACGGGCGGCCGAGGCUCGGAGAACGGCGUGUCCAAAGACGUCUGGGUGUACGACACGGUGCAGGAAGAGUGGUCCAAAGCUCCGCCGAUGCUGAUCGCCCGCUUCGGACACGGCUCCGCCGAGCUGCGCCACUGUCUGUACGUGGUGGGCGGGCACACGGCGGCCACCGGAUGUCUCCCAGCGUCCCCGUCCGUGUCCCUGAAGCAGGUGGAGCAGUUCGACCCGGCGGCCAAUCGCUGGAGCAUGGUGGCGCCGCUGCGCGAGGGCGUCAGCAACGCGGCGGUCGUCAGUGUCAAGCUCAAGCUCUUCGCCUUCGGGGGCACCAGCGUGGCGCACGACAAGUUACCCAAGGUGCAGUGCUACGACCCGGUGGAGAACCGCUGGACCGUGCCGGCGUCGUGCCCGCAGCCGUGGCGAUACACGGCCGCCGCCGUCCUCGGCAACCAGAUCUUCGUGAUGGGCGGCGACACAGAGUUCUCGGCAUGUUCCGCCUACAAGUUCAACAGCGAGAACUACCAGUGGACGAAGGUGGGCGACGUGACGGCCAAGCGCAUGAGCUGCCAGGCCGUCGCCUCGGGCAACAAGCUCUACGUGGUGGGUGGCUAUUUCGGAACGCAGCGCUGCAAAACGCUGGACUGCUACGACCCCACGCUGGACGCCUGGAACUCCAUCACCACCGUCCCUUACUCCCUCAUCCCCACCGCCUUUGUGAGCACCUGGAAACACCUCCCAGCCUGAGAGCGGCAUGCUGGGAUUGAAAGCAAACGGCCUUCCUUCCUCCAACCUCGACACCCCUCUUCCCAUGAGACUUCCUCUUCCUCUUCUUUUGAUUUCAUCAUCUCCCGGAUCUGUUUUGACUGUGAAGAAGCACACUCUAACCCUCCCCUGCAAAACCCCCCAAGAGAGACUUCCCAUCUGCAAAUGCCAAACCCCUGCUCUGCACAGUGUUAAACUGACAACCAAGCGCUUUGUGUGACGUAAACGCCCCCCGAUCCCCUUAAGACAUGAGUGGAUUUCUGUUUCCUGAAAGGACUUCUGUACUGAGUGAUGUCACAUCCUGUUAUCACAGGAG